AUGGCUACAUGUGUUGGCGGCAAUCUGAAUGUCACUGGACUCCAUGUCUCAGUCAGGUCGAACACGCUGGACCCAAGCCGUUGGACGUCAAACCCGUUGGACGUCAAACCCGUUGGACGUCAAACCCGUUGGACGUCGAAGCCGUUGGAUGAGCGCAUCAACCCGUUGGAAGUCGAACACGCUGGACCCAAACCCGUUGGAUGUCGAACCCGUCCAAGGAGCGCAUUAACCCAUUGGACCCGAACCCGUUGGAUGAACCCAUCAACCCGUUGGAUGAACCCAUCAACCCGUUGGACCCAACCCGUUGGACGUCAAACCCGUUGGACGUCAAACCCGUCCCAGGAGCGCAUUAACCCGUUGGAAGUCGAACACGCUGGACCCAAACCCGUUGGAUGUCGAACCCGUUGGAUGAGGAAGUCGAACGCGCUGGACCCAACCCGUUGGACGUCAAACCCGUCCCAGGAGCGCAUUAACCCGUUGGGAGUUGAACACGCUGGACCCAAACCCGUUGGACGUCGAACCCGUUGGAUGAGGAAGUCGAACACGCUGGACACAAACCCGUUGAACGUCAAACCCGUUGGACGUCAAACCCGUCCCAGGAGCGCAUUAACCCGUUGGGAGUUGGGCGCGCUGGACCCAAACCCGUUGGACGUCAAACCCGUCCAAGGAGCCCAUUUACCCAUUGGACCCGAACCCGUUGGAUGA